AUGGCGUCGGGACGGAUGUGUGGGUACCUGGAGGUUCUUCGCGUAUUACGGUCUCGGCGCCAGGUACAGCCCCCUUUACGCCAGAACCUGGGCGCGGGCAUACAGCCUCAGCUCACCUGCCUAGAAUUCCACAGUGUCUCCCAGAACUCAUACUGGCUUCGUGGACCACAGUGGAAACGACCACUUGGCAUCAGCCUAUUCCCAGCUAGACAAAGGGGGAAAGUGUCUCCCUGUGUCUACCACUUGGGCCCAACCCCACGGUGCCUCAGCACCUCCACUGCCCUGUUUGCAGAAAGCCAGGUGCAGACCUCUCCCGUUCUCCCUUCAACCCCUUCCCCAACAUCAGUGACAGAGGUAGUUCCAGGUGGAGCUGCUGAUGCAGUCCAGGCUGCCGCAGAGCAAAGCCUAAGUGACCUGGGGCUAGGAGGCUUCACCCCAGUGGGACUCGUGCAGAACCUUUUGGAGUUUGUACAUGUUGAUCUGGGCCUGCCAUGGUGGGGAGCCAUUGUUACAUGCACUGUUUUUGCAAGAAUCAUGAUUUUCCCCCUGAUUGUGAAAGGCCAGCGAGAGGCAGUGAAGAUCAAUAACCACAUGCCUGAGAUUCACAAAUUUUCCAACCGAAUGAAUGAGGCCAAAUUAUCAGGGGACAAAUUUGAAUUUUCCAGGGCCUUUUCAGAACUACAGCUUUACCAGAAGAAACAUGAUGUGAGUCCUAUGAGAGGAUUCAUUGUACCCCUAGCUCAGGCUCCUAUCUUCAUCUCCUUCUUCAUUGCACUGAGAGAAAUGGCCUAUCUCCCUGUGCCCAGCAUGCAGAAUGGUGGUCUCUGGUGGUUCCAGGAUCUCACAGCAGCUGACCCCCUCUAUGCAUUGCCCUUGUUAGUCACAGCAUCAAUGUGGGCAAUCCUGGAGCUGGGUGCUGAAACUGGUGUCAACAAUGCCAAUCUUCGUAUGAUGAAAACUGUCUUCCGAGUGCUGCCCCUGAUAGUCUUGCCCUUCACCAUCAAUUUCCCCACGGCAGUGUUCACAUACUGGUUCUCUUCCAACCUCUUCUCGCUGGCUCAAGUGAGCUUCCUUCAGAUCCCAGCUGUACGUAUUUGGCUUCGAAUUCCAAAGCGAAUCACACAUGAGCCAAACCAGUUGCCUACACAGGAGGGCCUCAUUAAGAGCAUCAAAACAGGCUGGAAAAAUGCCCAGACAGCUCACCAGCUAAAGGAGCGGGAGCGUCGCAUGAGGGAUCACCUGCAGCUUGCAGCUCGAGGUCCCUUACGACAGACCUUUACCCACAACCCCUUGCUACAGCCUGAAGGUAAACAGCCUCCUACUACCACCAGUACCAGCAAUAAACCAAAGUCACAGAAGCCCUGGAGGGAUACUCUUGGAUGACCAGUGUAUUCACCAUCAACAUAAUGGGGAACUUUGAUUACCAAGAGCCUCAGAGUUCCUGAGAGCAAGGUCUGGGUAGUGACUCCCUACCAUGUUCCUAGGAGCAAUGAGAUUGUGAUGACAUUCAAUCUCAAAAAUGUUCAAUGCCACAGACUCUUGAUAAACUAACCCACAAGGUGGGUUUGGGAAGGUUUUCAGUGGUAUAUGCAUAGCAAGCAUCUGAGCCACUUUGUCUUCUCUGGAAAGGUAAUAAACUUCUUAUUCAUAUGCUA